AUGUCUUCAAUCGUGACGAGUAUUCUAAGUUCAACCGUGGGUUUGUUGUGGAACAAGGCUCGCGACUCGACUGCGGCUAAGCUGAAGGACGGCGAUGUUACAGACGCAAAAGUUCGCGAGAUUGUCGUACGAGAGUUGAACGACAUCAAGAUGAAGCUCGAUGGUCUUUCACGUAAAGAUCUGCUCAGCAGCUACAAUUUCCUACAGGAAGGUGUGGAUUUCCUCAAUGUUUCUCUUCGAAAAUCAAAGCUCGACCAGAAAACUUUGACGAAUGAAACUCAAGAUGAUCGAGGUGAGACAUCAACAAUGCCGAGUUGUGGUCAGUCUGGGAUCUUAAGCGAAGCUAUUGAACUUUCUCAAGCCAUGGGAAAGCUAAAAUGUAGCUCAGACGACGAGUAUGAAUCCGCUAAAAAACGAUUCGAAGAUGCCCGUAAGAAAGCAACCGAUGCUUUCUCUACUGAAACAUUAGUUCUCAAAGACAGGAUCUUCGCAGCGAAGCUACGAAUAGUGUCCGAGAUACUGGAAUGUCUUGAUCGUCCCGAAACAGCAGUAACAGGAUGUUUGUCAUUUUUGAAAAAGUUCCAUAGCUUACCUGCAAUCCAAGAGAUAUUCUCUGUGUACCUCGACGGAGGAAUAAAGUCGAUGUUGAAUAAGAGCGAACGAGUCGAGAACGUAAAAUCAGUAAUGUUGAUUAAUUACGUGUUAUUUCAAUAUGUGUCGAAAUUCAGCAGUAAAUAUUCAUUUGAAUUGCUCCUCAGCAUGCCAACAAUUGAACUUCCCGAUCGCAGUUUUUCCCCAAUAUUAGAUUGGCAGGAAGUUGCGACAAGAAAGUCUAUGGGGAAAGAACUGACCCAACAUCCCAACGGACUGAUACUUGAUCGAGAAAUUUAUCCGCAUCAAUGCACUGUGAACGGUCAUGGGGACGUUAUUACUCGAAAAUAUCCUGGCAAGAUCCAGGUUAUUUCUUCCAAAACAGGUGAAUGCAAGGUGGUUAAAUUACCAGACCCCAAAAAAGGUAAAGUUAUCGAGCAACGUGUUGAAGGACUUGCCGUUGAUAACAAUAACAAUGUUUACGUUGUUGUACUGCUUCAAACAAGUACGGAAAAUGGCAAAGUGAAAAAUUUCGUGUUGUAUGUACUCGACGAGAACUACCAUGUAAAACACGACUCAUGCAAGUUGGAUUUUAUCAAUGCAAAUUUUCCUGCGCUUUGUGGGGUGAGCAUCGCUAUAAACAAAACCAAUAUCAUCAUCAUGAUCAAAGGCAAUGAUCCCCACGUGUAUAUAUGUGACAACACUGGGAAGUUGCAACACAAGUUUGAACAUAACUCAAGUUGGCUUCCCAGCUUGGGUAUUUCCGAACAGGAUAAAAUCAUCACAUCAUCAGGCAAUCGCGAGGCUAUGGUCACAUUCUCCGAGGAAGGAAAUCUGAAGUCGACAGUAAAACUACCAGAAGGUCACGAUAUCUUCGGGGUAGCGUAUCACUACGUCAUUCGUAAAAUAAUUGUUUUAACCUAUGUCGACAAAAACGAUUCUUACUUCCUGCUGUGCUACACUGAAGCAGGUGAUCUGGAGACCUCGACGUUCUUCUGUAAGAGAAUUGACGAUGAAUUUAUCAAAAUCAAGUGCCAUCCAAGUGGUCCAGUUGCUGUUGUUAUGGGGAAAAGCAUCACCUUUAUUUAA